CAACUGGUCGAGGGACGCGCGAGCGAAAAGUUUGCUCUUUCUUUUUCGGCGUGCCGCUCGACUAAUGACCAGCAUCGUUAUUUCGUGCCCCUCUUGGUUGUGAUCAGGACCCCCCCUCUUCUGCGACCCCCCCCUUUUCCAUUUUAUGCAAGCAGGGAGCUUGUGCAUUUCGCGGGGGUUGCGCUCGGAGAGGCAAUUGCAUCGGGCUUUUUGCAAUUGGGAAAAGGAGACACCGAAGUUCUCAGAGUUAUUUUCUUUUUUUGGGGGGGUGGGGAGGUUUGUAACCAAGAAAAGCACGAUCCGGAUCCAAAGCAGGGGUAGCUGCCCCCCUUUUUGCCCCUCCUACUUUGUGUGUGUAUGUGCGCGGAUGAGGACGGGGGGGAGAGAGCGCUGGGUCGAUUUUCUCCUCUCUAUCCAGCUUGGGCUGCGGAAGGAAUAUCAGCCAUGAAGCCAAUGCAGCAGAAAACGACUUGAGACUUUUGUGUGGCUUACUGCAAGACGUGAAAAGAAAAGAAGGGGUAUCCAUUGCAACUGAAGGUUGUCAAGGCACAAACACGCACAGUCAGUGGGAUACAGACCUGAUGAGGAUACAACCAUGGAUGAAGAAGAGGCGCUCAACUCUAUCAUGAAAGAUCUUGCAGCCUUGGGCAAAUGUGGAGGUCUCCUCGACAGCAACCGGAACAAAAACCAUGUCCAUUCCAGCAAACAGUUGCGGAAUGCCAGGAUCAAAUUUGAACAUGAUGGAGAGAAAAGGAUUAUCCAGUUCCCGAGGCCGGUUAAGUUCAGAGAAGUUCUGCAGAAAGUCAUGGAUGCUUUUGGUCAGAUGAUGGACUUACACUAUGCCAACAAUGAGCUCCUGAUACCCCUGAAAUCACAGGAAGACUUGGACCGAGCGGUGGAACACUUGGAUCGCAGCCCUUCUCUGAAAAGCCUCCGAGUGUUUGUGAAAACUCCAAAGAAAACAAAUCCUCUGCACCCGAACAACAGCAAGCAACACGAGAUGAGGAUAUCCAAGUCCAUGGGAGACAUCAUGGGGUCCCUCUACAAGGAUGCAGAGAGGACACGGAAGCAUUCAACAGGCUCUCUGCACACAGGCCGGAGUUCCCCACCCCCCGGGAGCGUUCCCGAAGAGCAGCAGCAAAUUGCACGGCAGGGGUCCUAUACCAGCAUCAACAGCGAGGGGGAGUUUAUCCCCGAGACGAUGGACCAAAAUUUGUUGGAGCCGUUUAUCAGCCCUGAUGACUCUCUCUCUGGAAGUUGUCAGUCCCUGGACAGAUCCAUAGACAGCCCACCCUUUAGCCAAACGCCUGUUUCAAGAAGGAAAAGAGAAACCAAAGAAAGCCUUGAUUGUCUAGAUUUUGAUAUCCCGUUUUGUGAGAGAUUUGGGAAAGGAGGGACCUUCCCAAGACAGUAUCAUCUUUCCCAGAGUCGCAAGGACUACAAUGAUGGCCGAAGAACAUUUCCCCGGAGCUACGUUCCUCCAGAGAACCUGUUCCAGCUUCUGCCAUCCAGCCGGACAAAGAGCUUUAAUGGAGACAACAAGCUGGUCACCUUGCGGUACGAGGAACGCGGGGGCAACAAAUGGUGGCACAACUGUGACAAAAUCUUCCAAGGCUUCGGCUCCUCUCCUGCGAAGACGAGGAACACACUGCAAGCUCCAGUGAAUUGGAGGCUGGGGAAGCUGCUGGGCCGGGGUGCCUUUGGGGAAGUCUACCUUUGCUACGAUGUUGAUACUGGCCGAGAGCUCUCUGUAAAACAGGUCCCUUUUGACCCUGACAGCCAAGAGACGAGCAAAGAGGUGAAUGCCUUAGAAUGUGAGAUCCAGCUGCUCAAAACCCUCCGCCAUGAGCGGAUAGUUCAGUAUUACGGCUGCUUGCGGGACCCGGAGGAGAGGAAGCUGUCCAUCUUCGUGGAAUACAUGCCAGGGGGCUCUAUCAAAGACCAGCUGAAGGCCUAUGGGGCCCUAACGGAGAACGUGACCAGGAAGUACACCAGGCAGAUCCUGCAGGGCGUUUUCUACCUUCACAGCAACAUGAUUGUACACAGAGAUAUUAAAGGGGCCAACAUUUUGAGAGAUUCUGCUGGGAACGUGAAACUGGGAGACUUUGGGGCCAGCAAGCGCAUCCAGACCAUCUGCAUGUCCGGAACGGGGAUGAAAUCUGUCACGGGGACUCCAUAUUGGAUGAGCCCCGAGGUGAUCAGUGGGGAAGGAUACGGACGGAAGGCGGACGUGUGGAGCGUGGGCUGCACUGUGGUUGAGAUGUUGACCGAGAAGCCCCCCUGGGCGGAAUUUGAAGCCAUGGCCGCCAUUUUCAAGAUUGCCACGCAGCCCACAAAGCCCCAGCUUCCAGACGGCGUUUCGGAUUACUGUCGCAGCUUUCUCAAGUUGAUCUUCGUGGAGGAGAAGCGGAGACCCACGGCGGAAGACCUUCUGAGGCACACUUUCGUGAGCUUUAGCCUCUAGCAGGCCUCCCCGUGGGCGCGAACGAAAGACCAAAGGUUCCCACAAUAACGGUGGAGUGCGCAACCAAAAAGACUCGCACACUUCUAAAUUCAACCUCAGUCUCUUGUAUGGGUUAUUCUCAUAUGUGCUGCCAUUGUUGUCAGUCAUGCCGUGUCGGACACUCCGCUGCGCUGCACUUUCCGCCAUUUUGACUUUGUGGUGUCUGCGAGAUGGAAAGACCUUAAGAAUGGAGGUGCUGCUAGCAAUAGGCAGAAAAAUAGCGAAAGGGGCAACAUUCGCACUACAGAACUGGCUUUGUCCGUCCUUGUUGCCAGACAGGUGGCCCUUGCAGUGGAACCCGGGAUGAAGCACAGAGAAAGAAAAUCCAGCUCAAAAAGCAGUGGCGCAUGCCCACUGCCCUCCGAAAAGGGAGAAGCCAUGAUGAAGAGCAGGAAGUCCGGUGCACAUAAAACUUACCUGUUGGGAGCAAAAGAACAAAGAGGGUUGUUUUGUAUCUUGGGUGGUCGUUACAAUCGGAGGGUGGGGGAGACAAUGAUCUCACCCCACACGUUCGAGUCAGGGAUAUGACUGCAAAGGGAUCGUGUUGAACAGAACACUACAAAAACAUGGAGCUGUGUGUAUUCCUCCAGAGAUAUUUCUCUGUCCUUGGGCCAAAAAGGAGAAUCCGUGAUUUCCAAUCCAGCUAUAAUGGAAAUAUUUGCUAGCCCUUUGUUUAGAUGUUGGUGGGAUGGCACCUGCCCCAUUCCGCUCCUGCUCUGUACCUGAAGGAACGGGCUGCUGAGGAAUAUGGACACUUCUGCCUGGCUCUGCCAUCAUAGGCAUUAAGCGCCCGGAGAACUUUUAGUUUCCCUUGCGGAGGUGGUCCAAAGCACUUUCCCAAUGUGGAAGUAACAUUUUAACAUUCACUGCCAGAGCUGCAACGUUUCGUUGCAGAGUGGGCAGCUGAUGAGGCCCCCCAUACCUGUUUUUUUCAUAUACCUCCCAGUCACUACAAUGGCCACAACCUUGUUUCCUCUCCUCAGCCCACCGAGCUGUCAUGAAAUUUGGCUGGGAAAAAGAGUGCGUCAUCCCUUCUUGUGAGACACCGGCCACACGGGCAUGGUUGCAUAACUUUUUUAAAGAUGAACAUUCAUGCAGAUUUAGUGGAAUGGGUUGAUAAUCAGCUAAAUUCGUAGAACUGAGUAAGAUUCCUUUAAGUGGGCGACGACUCUUCCCUUUACAUGGGAAAUGUCUUUUUUCAUUGCCCAAGAGCAAUAUAUCAGCCCCAGGUAUGUCUUGAUUGGUCCAAAAUGCAGGAGAACCAGCGCACUGUCAGCCAGUCGAGGCAAAGAAAGUUGGCCUGGCAGCCGUUUUCUCUGUGGAUCGAUGCCACUGCAUGCCGCUUUGGCAGGUCUUGGGAACAAGGCAUGUUUGAACAGCCCUGUAGCCCUGUUCUGACACCAACCCCCCCCCCCAAAAAAACCCCCCACAAUCCAGGUUCUGUAUCAAGGUAUAAACUAGAUUCUGUGACCUCAGUUGUGCAUUUUAAGCAGAUGUGUGUGCUCGGCAUAGAUUUUGCUUCAUUGCACCUUGUCUUCUCCACCCAGGGUAGAAGCAGCACCUCAAAACAUUGCUUAAGUUUCUCUGUGCUCUCUGCAUUUGAGACUCCAUCAAGCAAUGGACAUGCAUUUUCUGGAUCAUCUUGAAAGUCACAGAGACCAAAACAAGAAAGACUUCUCUGGAUGCUGAAUUUUGUACCAGUUGCCUUUUGGUUUUUUGGUUUUUAAUUUGCACAGUGCACUUGAACAGAAGCUGCACGCAGCUGGUCCUGGCCAAGGCUGCAGUUUAUAUGCCAUUUAUUUUAAUGGAUAUGGAUCGUGCCAUAAAUUCACUUCAGCUAGGGACUGACACUCUUGUAAAGCAGAUAGGAUGCAAAAGGCCUUGACUUAAGGUGGAGCAAACCGAAUUAUCUUGACUUGAGAGGAACCCCUUGAACUUUUUGUUAACUUUCACUAGGUUCUUUAAGAAGAGUGAUUCCUUGGUUACCAUUUCCACACACGCACAUUCCCCCUGACUAAUUUGCAGAGUGCUGGUUUCAGUCCUUGCCAUCUGGAUUUAAUUCUCAGUCCAUAGGGAGUGUUUGGGGAAGUGUUAAUGCAGGAGGAUGGAAAUGUCAGAAGGCGAAUGCUUUUGCAUGGGCAGGGCCAUAACAUGACCUACUUUUAAAAGAUCUGUUUACAGAGUUUGUGAGACAGUGCCUGAGGCCUUGUUCAUGCACUCAGGAGUCGGAGGUUAUCAGUGGGCCUCUUGCCAUCAUUUACUGAACCCUUUCUGCACUGACCACACGUUUCCGUGUGUCAGCCGUAUCUCUGCCAUUCUUUUGAGUCGCUUGCAGCUUACUGGGCCCUUUGUGGUAUGGUGGACUCUAGCCACGGAAAGAGAACCACCCAGUUCUCCUUUACAAGGUCACUUGCCCAAAGAUGAUCGAAGGGAAAUGAAGGGGAAAGCCCUGAUAUUACCAGAGCUUUCUGCUUCUCUCUCAACUCACUUUUGUCUUCAAUCCAACCCUUGAAUGUAGGAGUAAAGGUUAAAAUGAGCUGAAGGAUCAUUAAACCAAGAUAUCUGAUUGCCUGAGGGCACAAUCAGGCAUGUUUAGACAGAAGGAAACCCAACAAUUCCCAGCAUCCUCCCAGCUGCUGGGGCAUGCUGGGAGUUGUCAGAAUUUUUCUGUCUAAACAUGCAAGGGAUUGUGCCCUGAACAGCCACUGCUUCAGCAGCAGCCUUUAUCUUCCUCCACGUUCACUUUCUUCUUCUUUUUCUCCUUUUCUUUCGAAUCUCAUUCAGCUGACCUGGAUCUUAUGAAACAUGGAGCUCUCUGAAGGGGUUCAGCGAUCAAUUGCCUAGAGUGGCGGUCCCUCCUGCUGUAGCAUCCUGGGCCCUUCUCACCAAUGUGUUUUUCUGACCUUCUCCCCCCCACCCUCCUGUUUAUAUGUAAAUAGAUGUGAAUUAUUCCUCAGGUGCCUUUGCUUCUAUUUUAUCACACUCUCUUGCGGUGAUUCAGAUGUACAGAAGAGAACAAGGCAGACAAAAGAACGAGGUUAUAGGUUGGACCCAGACUUUGUCAUACUUAGAAUUGGCUCAGUGAAGUCAGUCGGGCUUAACUAACUAACUUAAAUCCCAUGUAUUUCAAAGACUCUACUCUAAAUAUGACCGAGCCUCGAUCCAAAGCAAUGUAUAUACCCUGUACGUAUUUUUAGAAAAUGCAUAGCUUAUCCGGAGGGACAAUCCUGCUAUUUGGCAGGAAUUCUGCUUUUGAAGGCAUUGCAAUCUCAUUCGCAAGACUCUUCAUCUUGUAUAUGGAUUGUGAUUUUGUUCUUCCUUGCACAGGAAAAAAGUGAACUUGUAUAUUGUCUUCACUUUCUAGAUCUGCCCCUCAAACUGAAUUCAGCGCAUGCCACUUCACAGACCUUAUCUGCACUCCCAAUUUGAACUGACAUAAAAUUACAUGAGUCACGGUUGGGUUUUUCCCCACAAGUUAGGAGAGUCAGUAGUUUGGCAAACUUGGGGAAUGUUUGUUACAGGUGCUUUUACUUCACAGAUCUACGAUUCCAAGGGUUCCUUGACUGGCAGGCCGCUGCAGUUAAAUCUGCCCCAAGUUUAGAGCACAAUCCUAUGCAUGUUUAGACGGAAAUAAAAUCCCACAGCUCCCAGCAAUCCCCAACCAACCAUGUUGGGAGUUGUGCGACUUUUUCUGUCUGAGCAUGCAUAGAACCGUGCCCUUCCUUAAGUGCAUAGUGUUGGUGCGCCCAUGACCCUUACCGUUACCAGGCGCAAAAAGGCCAUUGAACCAGUGCUCCACUCCAAACAGAAGGCAAGAGAGCUAUUAGUCCUUCAUAAUGUUCACCCCCUGCAUGUCAAAUACGGAAUGUGCAGCCAUUCCCAGGGGCUGCCCCCAGUCCAAAAUUAAUCCUCCCGCACCCCCAUUCUUACGAUCAAAGAGGAGCACUCCAGGGUUCCUUUUCUGUAGUCAUCCAAGUGGUACAAACCAAAAUGGUUUUGGGGAGAAGUUGGGGUUUGAGUCUCUAAUUGAGCAAGGUGGUCUCCUGUGAAUUAGUCUGCAGGGGCAGCUAUAAAAGUAUAUUUUGGGGGCUGGGAAUAAUACCGAAUGAACUUGGUAAUGAGCUCAUUUUAAAGUAUUGCGUUCUGAAACUUGACCUUUGGAUGCCUUUCAAAAUAGGGCCACUGUUGCCCCAUACACUAAAUGGCUUAAACAGUGUGGGAUCUGGGCAUAAGAAACUAGGCAUCAGUGUUCAGGUUGAAAAGCAGGUGUCCGUGUUGCCGAGAAUCAGAGCAGGCCAAUGAGAAAUUAACAAAGCCCAUUUUGUUUCCAUUAAAAUCAGGAAGUAUGCAUUCAUUUCCUGUACGUCUUAGCUGAGGGAAGGAUGAAGUCUGCAACAGAGAUGUGAGUUUUGCUCGCAUACGUGCAAAGUACAAUACCCCUUUGUACUGUUUGUGCAGUGAUGUGUCUAAAAGCUCUCACCUCGACCCACCAGUAAGUAACGGGGCAUUACGUGCUAAGCCAGACCAUAAACAAACGAUGCAUGGGCUGCAUGCAGAAACCUAGUUUUAAGACUGCCCACUUUUCAAUCCCUUAUCAUAAUAUAAAUACCACUGUUAAAGCUCUGUAUUCUUGAUAGGCUCAUACUCUCCAUGGUAUGGAUGAUUUUAAAUAUUGUAAAUUAUUACAGCUCUAGAAGGAUGUCGAUAGGAAAGAAAAAAAGUUUCUGCUUUCUUGGGCAUGUAAGACCCAUCAUUGAAUGUACUUUGUUAAAUGCUGUAAAUGCUUUUAUCUCCUCCCCUCCCUGAUGCAUGAAAUAAAAUAUUUUUAAAUUUUGUGGUAA